UUUCCCAACGAUCACUUUGAACGGAGUGCUGCGGCAAACUUACGCAAGCGCCCUUGUCUGACAGUGGGAAGGAAAAAUCUCGCAAAAGCUCCGCUUUUGACGUUUCCAUUGGGUGGCGAUAAAGCAAGUGCCGUGCCGUUGGCCGGUACAAGUGUGUGUGAGAGGGUGGGCGUAACGCUGUCGGCUCACCGGAGAGCGAGACGUCACUUCGUCACUAGCGCAAGCACAGGCAGUCAGUCACAGUCAGAAGAAGCAAACAGUUCGCAAUUACGGCUACGGAUCGCGGUAAUAUUGGAAUUUUAUUUUCCACAUUUUUUCAUUACACCCCUUUGCUGGCUCCGUCAUCUGUGAGUGUAGCGAGUUAAAUCGAGAGCAAAAUACUGUGGAUUAUGGAAGUUGAAGUGUUCGAACGGAACCCCAAACGGUACCUCGGAUCGGAUUUUUGGUGGUGUAAAUUUGUUGAGCGCAAGAAUUUAUGAACUGUCAAACGGGACGUCGCGAGUGACACAAAAUACACAGAGCAGCGCAACAAGAGCAAAAGCCAACGGUGAUGAGAGAGGGAGUGCAAAAAUUGAUCCCUCACAGAGAGACAAAGCGGGACGGAUAAAAACACAGUCGGCUCGUAGUGUCGCGAAAAAAGUCGCGGUUUUCGAUCGGCCAGCCGAGAGACACAGUCGUCGUCGCGCACAAAUCGACGGGCAAUUCGGGCCAAUACGACGUACCGCCCUAUCCGAUAACAAGUGCUCCAAUGUAAAUCGAUAGCCGAGAUUAUUUGACAACGCCAUGCUCGAAAUGAAGGAUUCCGUUGCGAAGAAGGCUUCCCAGUAAAUUCCAAUAUAGAAUUUUGACUCGUCGAAGCGAAGAAUAAGCAGUGGAAAUACGAGAAGAAGGCGAAGUAAUUUCAUUUUAACAAGAUUCCUGUUUCUUCGCUCUUCGUUUGCUGUGUUUCGCCUCCGCUUUGUUGCUCCCAUACACACUGCCAUAUUCUCGUUUCUUUAGACACUUCGCCAGUUCUUUAGCUAAGCUUACGAGCGGACUCUAUCGACGACGGCAGCUAGUUGCGUGUGUAGUAGUGAGGAGUGGCAACCUCAGAGGAGUACCGAGCGAAACCAACACAACGCAACGCCAGCCCAUCAUCAAUUCGUUCGUUUAUUCGUUUGCUGCAAGCGAGCAGCCAGCUUCCAAGAAGUUCAAGAACUUGGAGAGCCACCGCCACAGUGUGUAGCAGCAGCGGCCGAGACGCAAAGAAAAAAGCGAAAUCUGGUCUCUGCAAACUUUUUCGUGUAGGCUGGACACGCGUUCAAUGAGCGGAUUUGUCUGAUCAUUUCACUGGUGCUAAGCAAUAACGAUUCAUCCGGUAGUGCGAACCGAAUGCCGGAAUGUGCUGGAACAGGAUCAUCCGGUCAGCCACCAGCUUCAAACAACGGAAGAAACCAAAGCGCACACAAACGGUUAGGCGCAAGUGAACCCGCGGAAGUCGAAUCCCAAAUGAAAUAGUGCAAUGUGAAACCUAGUUCAAAAUUGUGUUAAUGUCAGAUUUUUGUUUUCGGAAGCCUUUAAAAUAUAAAUUGAUAUAAAUCAGUGCCUUUUUUUUUGUGUAUCGUGAAGCUGAAAAGCGAACAAGAAGACAAGUGCGUUUGAUAAAUGUAAGUGUUGGGAAAAUGCCUCACAACAGUUCUACCGGUGAUGAACUCGGCAGCACCGACGAGGUUAAAGUAUUUAAAGAUGAGGAUCGUGAAGACGAAAAGCCGUCGGAAAACUUGCUGGAGGAGAAAUCCAGCUUGAUUGAUCUAACGGAAAACGAAGAAAAAACAGUGAAAAAUGGAACCAAUCGGCACGAGCAGAAUCCGGCGUACGGCAAACUACCGCAUGGCCAUCCCGGAUUCAACAUGGGAUACCUUGUGCCUCCAUAUGCCUACCCAAACGGUAGUGCCGGCGGUUUACCGGUGUCAAUGGCAAACAAAAUGGGCCUGCCGCCGUUUUUCUGCCAUAAUGGAGACCACCUUUCCUCCCCUCCACCUGCCCACUGCGGAAUACUUCCCUACCAGUUGGAUCCGAAGACAAUGGGACUGACGCGACCUCCUCUGUACAGUUUUCCAACCAGCCAAUACCCGUAUCCGAUGCUUAGUCCUGACAUGCCGCUGGUCGCAUCGUCAUGGCAUACACCUUCAAUGUACGGUCCAGCGGCUGGCUUUCGCAAUCCUUACCCUGCGUCCCUGCAAAUCUAUACAUCUCUACCAAGUGAUUUCUAUCGGUACUCUCCGGGUCUUCUCCCGUCAGUUCAUUCCCACCCAAUGCUGAACCCGCAUCACGCCAUAAUCACUCCGGGUCCGAAGCAAGACCUAUCCGGGCCGGAUUCGUCGCGAUACGGUUCCGGUCGAUCAUCUAAUCCGCCCACAAUCAAGCAAGAAGGCGGCGAAGACGCCCCUCACGGCCGUUACUCGUCCAAUCAUAAUCGAUCGUCCAACAAUAGCCAUCACAAUCACGAGCAAAGCAAUCACAAUAAUAAUAACAACAACAACAAUCAUCACAACAGUGGUAGCGGGCAGCAUCGAUCUCUUUCGGAUAAGGAGAUUGCGGCCGAGAAGAAAAAGAAUCAUGUCAAGAAACCGUUAAAUGCAUUUAUGCUUUACAUGAAGGAAAUGCGUGCGAAAGUGGUAGCGGAAUGUACACUCAAAGAGUCGGCCGCUAUCAAUCAGAUACUGGGUCGGAAGUGGCACUCGCUUUCGCGUGAAGAGCAAAGCGUGUACUACGAUAAGGCUCGCCAGGAACGGCAAAUGCAUAUGGAACUGUACCCCGGCUGGACGGCACGGGACAACUAUGGAUAUGGGGCCAAGAAAAAGAAAAGGAAAAAGGACCGAAGUCCGGCCGAUCCGGGUGGCAACAGUAUGAAAAAGUGCCGGGCACGGUAUGGCCUAGAUCAGCAGAAUCAGUGGUGUAAACCAUGCCGACGCAAAAAGAAAUGUAUCCGCUACAAGGAGAUGACCGAUAGUGAGGAAGGUCGCGAUCAGGGAUCCGAUGAUGCUAUCGGAAGCUGUGGAAGUAUGGAUGACUCGAAGAGUCCAGAAGAUGAUCGAGAGUCGUUGAAUCAGUCACUGUCCAGUCCACGGAGUAUGAGUGUUCUGUCCAGUUUGCAGUCUCCCUCAACGAGUAUAGCGUCCCCGUUAAACUUACUGGCAAGUCCAGCAACACCAACCAAUUAUUACCAUCAUCACGAUCAUCUGGGUUUGGCGUCGAUGAUCGCAGCCCAGCAGCAGCAGCAGCAACAACAACAACAGCAAGCCCUCCAGAACAGCGCCAGUGACAAACUGAACAACAUCAGCAGCGACAGCGGUCUCAGUUCCCAGCUAAACAACAGCUACAGCAACAAUUUCAGCCCCUACAGCAAUCAUCACACGAUGCGAAACAAUUCCAGCCAGAAUCAGACAAACAGUAGCAGUACCAACAACAACAACCUCAGUUCGGGUGUUCCCAGCCCCGGCGGACUUCUAAACGGGGGCACUUCGAACAACAAGAAUCAUCACAGCAGCUCCGGUAGUAAUAGUCUUCCGCCACAUCACCAUCAGCCGCAUCCUCCGGCUACGGGGCCACCUCCGAACGGGAGCAACAAUAGCGUAUCAGCAUUACAAAUUCCCCCGCAUCUUCAGCAGCUCAGUCUGUCCGGCUCGUCCCCGCCCAUGCCCAAUAAUGGGUCAUCACUGCCGGCGAACCACAUCAAGGAAGAACCAGGCUGUCUUCGAGGUAGCCCUCCCAAUUUCCUUCUCCAGCAUCAUCAGGCAGCAGCGGCGGCAAUGGCGGCUGCCGCUGCCGCAGCGCACCAUCGACACAAGAUCAACGGAGAUCUCACACUAACGGGCGAUCUGUCCCGGAGUUCCAGUAGUGCGACGAACAACGACAGUGGCCGCAGCACGGGCAGUAGUCAAGCAAACAGCACCAGUGAUAGGUAGUGAUAAACAUCGAAUGGUCAAGACGGGCCCUUAUUACUUCCAUGGUUUUCUGCUCGGCAAAUUGCGAUAAUUCAACCGGGAUCAAAGAGCAAUCAGCGUACACACAGCGAGGAGGUGUCAAAGUCCCAACUGUGAUCUAAAAUUCGUCGAACAAAACUUCCUCCCAGUGUCCGUUAGCUCAACAAUUGUGCGUAUGUGUGUUCAAGCAAAGAGAAAAGAAACAACAGCGCCAACCCUACUUAAUUGAUCAUUUUCGAGGCUAGUUUCGAAGCCCAUUAUUAUCGCAGUCAUUGUUUGCAUUGAACCUGCAGCACAUCCCGUUUAGCACGAACACGGCAGCUUGGCCCGCGAAGUCGAAGGCAGUCGAGACGUACGUAGAGAACCACGAAAACAAAAAGUGACGGGGAAAAGAAAAUGCUUAAUUUGACACAUCGUACCCUCUCCGUGCCUUCCCCGCUACUUCGAUCGAUUCAGGACCUGCUGCCGGUCACCGUCGUCGUCGUCGUCAUCGUCAUCGCCAUCGCCGUAGUCGUCGCGCCCAAGUUCCGAGGCAUUUACGAAGUUAAUGGCAUUCAAAAUCGGAAAACACAGCAUCACUUAUUAAUCGUUUGUCCGUUGUUUAUGAGCAUGUUGAGCGAGAAGUUGAGAUCGAGAGCAAGGGAGAACGAACGAGGAGCCUGUUGUACAGCCAGCCCGGUUGGAAGUCAACGAGCGAGUGAGAACGGGACGGCAGGGAACCUAAAGGUUUUUUUUUGUCUCCUCUUUAAUGGUUAAGUUUCUGUUUUCUUUUUAUACAUUCUUUUUAUCUCCUUUCUCAAAUAUAAAAAAAAACGAAGAAAUUAAUGUGAGUGUGUGAAACGAUCAAUCUCCUUCUCGGAAAAGCAAGCAAGAGGAAGCAAAAGCAGAAGAAGUGAAGAAAUGACCAGGAGAAGAAUUGUUUGAAAACAAGUUUCUUUCGGAGCCAAGUGAGCAGGGCCAACUAGAAGAAGAAGAACGCGUAACAAAAAGAAGCAAAGAAGCAAGAGAAAAUCAAUCAAGUGUGAUACAAAAGCAAUAAUAAUAACGAAGCGAAGGAAGAAUAAGGCGGGCAGAUAAAUUAAAAGAAGAGUUAUGAAGUGAGUACACACUUUUCGAGCCUCGCUCGACGUCGUAGGGAGAUUCGACUGGAGGCUCAGAUCUUUCUCUCUCAGCCCCCCCUGUGUGGAUAAUUGAGCUUCCUCUCGAGCAUCGGGCCGGGCGGAUUUUUGUGGGCACACUAAACACGCGCACACAUACGGACGUGGGUGCGUGUGCUGAUUUGUGUGUAUAGUUUUUUUUUUUUUAAUUGUUCCGCGUGUUGAAUCGCCUUGGGCCCCCUUAAAAUCAAAAGGAGCCACCAUACCGUGCGCGCGAUCGAUUUGUAAAAAUGAACCGUGAAACUCGACUUGUGGUGCACCACACAGCAAUACUUACACACGAAAGGGAGCUAAAUACGUCCAAUCUGGUUAUAAACGAGACGAGCCUUGUUAGAGAACCAGAGCAAGUGAACAACGAAACGACGGACGAAGGAAGCCAAAUUUUCUUUUGUGAAGGUGGAGGAUAAUUGAGAAUUUGGUUUUCGAUUGGUUUUGUUUUGUUUUUGCCCGGGCCAAUGAUGUGAAAGGUGUUCGGCGGUGACUACAACUAGGAUGCACUAGGAAGGGUUCCAAGCUCUAAAAAAAAAAACAAAUAGUAAGUAAUCAUCCGAGCAAAUUUGAUUGACAGGUUGUAUUAGAUUGGCUGGCUUAUUUUGGUGGAUUAAAUGUGUAGACCCGAGUUUCGAUGCAGAUAAGAGAAUCAGACUUCCAGGGGAGUAAAAAAUAUACGGAAUUUAUCAGUACGCGAUAGAUAAAAUAGCGACACGGGUUUGGAAGGAAAAAAAAAAGAAUGAAAUGCAAAGUGAUCUGUUAGGCGCGCUCGAAUAAGCGAACGGAAUUUGGUUAAGCCUAAUCGCAUGGACGGAAAACAGAGAACAAGAAUAGAACGUUUAAAUUCCAAAGUACCAACUAGUAAAUGAAUUCGAUAUAAUAUUUACGAACCUGUAUUAUACUGCUGUUGUAUAUUCUGUUGAUUAAUUGGAUUAUUUUAGAGACAUUUUAUAAACUAACUUGAACAAGAUCUAAGUUGUAAUCGUCUUCCCUUGAUAUGAUUUGGUUUCGAAGAAUUAUCCUAACUAAGCUUUGGCUUAUGGAACUAAUAUGUUGUUCAGUUUUCAGAUUUUACCUUAAUUUCUUGAUUGUUUCACAUCUUUUACGUCCAAAGAUGUUUUUUCUAUGCAUAUGGUUUACGUUUACGUUGAUCCCAUUCAACCAAUUUUCGUCUUAGAGGGAAAGCAAAAUAUGCCAAUUGUGCUGGAGCGUUGUCAUAAAGAUUUUUUUUUUCAUUUUUACUUUCUUCUAUAGAAUACGAAAGCUUUGAAAAUUGUAGAAUAAAUUCACAGACAAGAGUGCUUUUUAAGAUCACUGUAUAAACAGUCUCUCAUGUCUUUUCUAUCAUUCUAUCUCUGUGAGACUAACAAGCAUAGUUUGUUCUAGUCGUAUUUGCAAUCAAUACAUAAUCACAGUUUAAAAGUUAGUUCUGGACGAUAAAAUGUAUUUUGAAUUAAUUUGCCGAAACUUCCUGAGCAAUAUCUAUUUCGUCUAUCUUAUUAUUCACUAUUUCAACGCAGUGAAUAAUGAAUAUUUGAUUUUAAACAAGCAUCAUCAAUCUUUUCCUUGACAUUUUGCAGCCCCAUCUGUGGAAAUAACUAUCGAGUUUAUUUCGGAUCCCCCACUACCUACACCUAAAAAUAAACUUCCCAUCCCAGUUUGCCAAUGUUGAACAAGUGUUCAGCCUCUAGCGGUUGUGUAACUUUUGAACCGUAUCUUAUCUACGGUUACACGAUUCCAAACAAGUAUUUCUGAUAUACAAUGGCAAAAGAAAAUCAAGUCUCUCCAACAGCUUCGAUAAUAACUGAAUUUUAAAGUUACGCUUUUCCUAAAUGUUUUUAAUCACCUGCAUUCGUUACAUAAUUUGGGCAGAAUAAUAUAAAUUAUGAAAAAUGCCAUUGUUCCACUCACCUGUCAAAUUAAAGUUAUCUCUCACGGCAACUAAGCUAUUAAAUUACUUAUAUGAUCUUAUAAUGGUUUUUCCAACACGUCAAACAUAACUAAUUCACGAAAUUAAAUAUCGCUGAUUGUGUAUGAACCCGCUUCACUAUCGUUUAUGCGGUAUGACUUGACAAUAAAACACAAAAUUUUAACUGAUACUAAUCAACAUUUUCAGACUCCGGGCCGGCCGGACGCUGAUAAUCAAGCGAUAAUUUAUCUCCCAGAGAGACUCCUUAUUAGGCUGUUCUAUCGCAGAGUCCACCCCGAAAAAAAAAAGAAACCACAACGCUCUUCAGAUAACAAUCAGCCAAGCACUUUAGAAGCCAUAACUCAUUUUAGGCCAGGUUUCAAACCGUGAAAACUCCUACUUUGAAACCGUGGUGGAAUCCAACUCGGCGCGAUGCGAUGUCCGAGCAAGAGGAUCAUGAUUUAUAGGAUCAUGAAUGCGCUCACACACCUCUGCCCGUUCUCUUCCAGCCGUGCGCCCUGCGAAGACCCCGCAUGGCCGCGAGGUUGUAAAACUGUUGAUCCGAUUACUGCGCAUUCACCCAAGCGGGUGAUUAUUGUGGCCGAUCUACACGCGUUCCGCAAUUGAAGCUGAAUCUCAACCGUGCCUAAAAGGCAUAUAUAACUUGACCUCGCUCGUCAGUCGUAUAAAGUUAUCCACCCGAGCUUCUCAACAAGGUGAGAACGGAUUUCUCUGCACGGUGGAAAACCAUUCCCGACUCACAUCAGCGACUUAAAGACAAGUGUCCGAUCCCAUGUCGAAUCCGAGCAGAUCUGAAUCGGUGGAAGGAAAGGAAAUCGACAAUUGAUGUGAAUCAAAUCAAGAGGAGAAUACGGUUACUUCUUCGACGGGGAAUCGAACGACGACAAACACUGGAAGCUGUCCCGGGGUUCCUAAGAAACAUGCUACCUUCGAGACGACGGAGACCAGUUCGGAAAAUAAUCGGAAAUAAUUGACAUUUGUGUGGUGGCUUUUCAGGAGCAUCCCAGCGGAGCGAAGCCUUCAGAGCAUGUUGUUAGUUGACUCUGCCAGCGGGAUCGGUGGCUCCGCUGGAAGUGCAACACAGAAAGUAAAAAAAAAACGCUACACAAUGGAAAACCGAUAAAUUUAAAGUCAUGAACGACGAAGGGCUCUGGUGGUCGAAGCGCGCAGAGUAGCUCAACAAUAUUUGGACAUUUUGUCAAGUGUUCCCUGUUGUGUCUCUCCCUUUAGUUGGCUUGUAAUCGUGUAGGUUCAGAUUUUAAGAUUACAAGCUCAACUUAUUUCAGGCUCGAACACUGAACUAAACGAUUUGUGUCCUUUGCGAUAGAACAGGAUUUACAACCAACCUUCACUGGCUGCUUUUUACACUCGCUCCCUACCUAAGCCAGACAGUCGCCAUUCGAUCAAUUAGUGAGCGGAGACGAACAACAACGGCGUAGGGAAAAGCAAUGAACAACAACAACGGUUCAGUCCGAUGAGUCGAAAUGCAAUGAAGUUGAAAAUAAAUAUUGCUUCAAGUAACCUCUUGAACCUUUUCCUUUCU